AUGCCAAUAAGAGGUCUGGAGGAGGUAAGAAAGCACCCUGGACAAAACUUUUUCCUAAAGGUUCCACAGAAGGCAUUCAAGAAGAUGAGGAUAUGCAUUGACGGAAAUUGGUUUCUACGGAAGUAUGUCGACGUGUCGAGUAUCUGCAGAGGGCUUGUGUUUGGGAUGGAGGAGGUCAUUACAGAGCCUUUACUCAAGCUUCUGGAAUUUAAGGACGAGAACGAUGUCGACAUGAUAUGGGUUUGGGACGGAAUAGGCAUCAAUAAGCUGCAAGGAACCUCUCAUGGAGGCUUGGGUACGUUGCUAACCGAGGGAUUCAAGGAGUACAAGCAAGAAAACUACAGAAAGGCAGGGAAGCUCUGGAGAAAUUUUAUAAUGCAAAAGAGUGAGAUGGAUGUAGCCAAUAAAAUACUUGAGGAGAAGGGGGUUGCAGUCAUCACAGCCCCUUACUCAGCAACGGCCCAGUGUGCAUAUCUUAUGAGUGCAGAGACAUGUUCAUAUGCAUUUGGUAAGUCCGACAUCCUCCUGUUUGAUGGGGUUGACAAGAUUAUACUCGACAUGUCUGACGGCUCCGGAAAACCAUAUCUGGACGUGUUCCACAAGAGCAGGUUUCUUGAGUUUUUUAACCUCAGCUCGAGAUUGUUCAGCGCGCUUGGGCUGCUGCUUGGAUGCGAUUUCUGUCCAACGAUACCCAGGUGUGCCACCGACUUCAGCUUCAACGCAGUUUUUGGGUUGAUGAAGGGAUCUGAGGACCUUCUGAAGAUGAUCAGGAGUACAUGCGACGAGGGAAGCAGCAAGAAAUACACGGAACAGUUUCUCCAGGGCCUUAUGCUGGUGACAUACCUUCCUGUCAUGAAGGUUUCUGGGAGUGUGCAUCCCUACUCCGAGGAGAAUGUGCCGCGGAAUCUAGAAAAGAUCCUUGGGCCGAAGCUUGCGCCCGGGUUUUACGAGUCUCUCUUUAUGAACAAGGUUUCUGGAGACGUCCUACAGAUUAUGGGGAAGACGCCCGGGACGGACAGAGACUCCCAGCUAAUUAAGAUGGUUGAGGCAGCACUAUCUAGAGUUCGAGGCGGGGCUCGGAAGGAGAAGGGAUCCAAAGAUACAAAGGACGAACCUGGUUCAGCAGAGGCGUUUGUAAACAUUAUAUAUCCUGGCAUGGUCUUGACGAAAGAUAUUGAUCCAUCGGUUGGAGUUCUGCUGUUAAUGUCGAUUGAGCUUCGGGAGCUGGAGACGCCUUUUCCUAUGAAGAUGCUGUGUCUUCACAGGCAGACGGGUACCAAAGAGAGGCUGAAGAUCAGUGACAAGACCUUGAAGUACUAUGUCGGGAUUACCAGGCUGUUCAACUACAUCAAGGAGGUAAAGGAAAUAUAUGAGGUGACGAUGAACAAGAGCCUGGACGGACUGUUCUGUGAAGCCCCGACUCUUUUCAGCGCAUCUUUCCACGAUACAUUCGGGUUUUCUGAGAGUAGCGGGGAAAGCAACCGCAGGUUCCUGAAGAGUGCAAGGGAUUUUCUGAGAGCAAACGAAAAGCUCUCUCCUAUCAUUCCUUACAUAGUCGAAGAAAUCGAGGUCACACUUAAGAAAUAA